AUGUACUGGGAGCUGUGGCUGAGCCAGUUGACGGCGACAGACCUGCAGCAUAUGCUGGUGGGGAACAAAGGUAGGAGAGCAUCAGGUCUUGACAGGGCAUGGUCACACCUGACCUGUAGGCCAGUUUAAAGUCCUCAGGAGAUGUCCUGACAGAUUUACUAUACUGCUGCCAUGUGGUGUACUGUGUACUUUGCUUGCUGAAUGGAGAACUACGAACUUUAGUAGUUCUGUUUGUUUAGAAUGGAGCUCUAUGUACUUUAAUAGUUCUGUGCGUUUUAGAAUGGAGCACUGUGUACUUUAAUAGUUCAGUGUGUUUUAGAAUGGAGCACUGCGUACUUUAAUAGUUCAGUGUGUUUUAGAAUGGAGCACUGUGUACUUUAAUAGUUCAGUGUGUUUUAGAAUGGAGCACUGCGUACUUUAAUAGUUCAGUGUGUUUUAGAAUGGAGCACUGCGUACUUUAAUAGUUCAGUGUGUUUUAGAAUGGAGCACUGCGUACUUUAAUAGUUCAGUGUGUUUUAGAAUGGAGCACUGCAUACUUUAAUAGUUCAGUGUGUUUUAGAAUGGAGCACUGCAUACUUUAAUAGUUCAGUGUGUUUUAGAAUGGAGCACUGAGUACUUUAAUAGUUCAGUGUGUUUUAGAAUGGAGCACUGUGUACUUUAGUAGUUCAAUGUGUUUCCUGUUUUACUCCCUAUUUCACACAUUCCUCUCAUUAGGCUGGAUUUGGAGAUCUGGGCCAUUUAUCAACUAUUUGGUUCGGAUGCAGGACUUCAUAGUUGAGGUUAAGCUUGAAUUCAACUCAAUCUUACACAGUGUAUAUCUUCAAGGGAAAGUUCACCAAAAUGACAUUGGUUUCCUUAUCCUGUAAGCAGUCUAUGGACAAAGUAUGACAGCAAUCAAUUUUUUGGUUUAGUUUAACAUUUUAGCAUUUGUGACACAAAUCCUGUUCAAGUCAUGGGAUCAAUAAUAUAUUUUUUUGCACAUCAUGUUCAAAUCAUCUAUCAGUAACUUUGUUGAGCUUCACAAUACAUUUUAGAUACUUUUGGACAAGAUGCGUGAAUAAUGCUAAUAUUUGUCCUAUGACUUGAAUGGGAUUUGUGCCACAAAUGCUAAAAUGUUAACAUGUGGAAACCGUGCCAGAGAAACCAGACCAAAGCAUGGAUUGCUGUUGUACCUUGUCAAUAGACUGCUUACAAGGUCAGGAAACCAAUGUGUAAUUUGGCUGAACUAUCCCUUUAACUUCUCAGACACUAUUGUUUUUGGGCAAUUCCACUGUGUGACACUGAGACUCAGAUUUUUCACUUUAAAAUGUAUGUCAAACAAAAAACAAUGAUUGCCAUGAACAGUGCAGAUGCAACAUUUGGUAACAGAAUGACGGUUUGUGCCAUUUGUGUGUCAUUCUGUUACCAAACUUUGCAUCUGCAUUGUUCUUCAAGUAAAUGUUUAUGUAACAUUUUCAGUGGAAAUUGUUAAAAGUAGUCCUUGUGCAUAGAGUUGUAUUGUUUGUUUAACUUUGCAAAUAUUGGUUUUUGUUGACGUACAUUUUAAAGUAAAUAAUCUGAGUCUUGUCACUGUUAUCGUGGAAUUGCCCUUUUUAUGUCUGUCUGUGUAGAACAUCAUAGUUACUAGGGUUGAGUCCAUCCAUGUCAUUUCAGCAAGCCAUGACACCCACCAUAUCAGAUUGUUCUGAAAUUGUUUCUGUAGUUAGAAAAAGGUACGUUUGUCAUUCCUGAAACAUUAUUUUGUUAAUUUUAUUUUAUCUCUGAGUAAUUCAGGUUAUUGAUUUUACCCAAAUUGGCCAUUUAUAGAAUUUAGAUAUUAUUCAAUAAAUAUAGUACCGACAUCCAAUUUAGAACAAACUGCAUCCUACCAGUGAGUAAGACAUUUGGAUUCCCAAAAAAAUUGCCAAAAGCCACCCACGGAAGAAAUAGGUAGGAAGAUGUUUGGUCCAAAUCAAAUGUUGGGUACUAUAUUUAUAGAAUGUUAUCCGAAUCCUAUAAAUUAAAAUGGCCAAUUUGGGUGCCAUCAAUUAGCUUAAUUUCUCAGAGAUGAAAUUAUAUUUUAACACGUUUCAGGAAUGUUAAUCGUAUCUGUUACUUACUACAGAAACAAUUUCAGAACAAUCUGGGUGUCAAAAUCCUCUUCCUUGUGCUUUUUGAGUUGGAACGACCCAGGAAGUGAUGAUGCCUUUCAGAAAUGAUGUUUACCGUAACCAUUAGCUACUGACCACCACAGACUGACGCUGAUGGUGCCAGUCACUUACUUUACUGUAGAUGUAUAACUUAAACUUUGGUGUAGCCAAUCAUUCCUUUGUUGUAUAGGGGCAAUUCCACAGUAACAGAGUGAAAGUAGUCUUUGUGCAUACAGUUGUAUGGUUUUUAAACUUUGCAAUCAUUGGCUUUUGUUCAACGUACAUUUUAUGCCAACUCUCGACUUUCUUUUCAGUGGCUAUUUCCUCCCCUCUACCUCUCCUUCACUGUCUUUUUUUCACUUGUCUCCCUGGCAGUCGGUAAGUCCCACUCAGCAGCUGCCCAGACAUGCUGUAGAGGUUGUUGGCAGCUGUUAAGCAGCCCUGUGAGUGAUUGAGGCUCAGGCAUGUUGUAGAGGUUGUUGGCAGCUGUUAAGCAGCCCUGUGAGUGAUUGAGGCUCAGGCAUGUUGUAGAGGUUGUUGGCAGCUGUUAAGCAGCCCUGUGAGUGAUUGAGGCUCAGGCAUGUUGUAGAGGUUGUUGGCAGCUGUUAAGCAGCCCUGUGAGUGAUUGAGGCUCAGGCAUGUUGUUGGCAGCUGUUAAGCAGCCCUGUGAGUGAUUGAGGCUCAGGCAUGUUGUAGAGGUUGUUGGCAGCUGUUAAGCAGCCCUGUGAGUGAUUGAGGCUCAGGCAUGUUGUAGAGGUUGUUGGCAGCUGUUAAGCAGCCCUGUGAGUGAUUGAGGCUCAGGCAUGUUGUAGAGGUUGUUGGCAGCUGUUAAGCAGUCCUGUGAGUGAUUGAGGCUCAGGCAUGUUGUAGAGGUUGUUGGCAGCUGUUAAGCAGCCCUGUGAGUGAGAGGCUCAGGCAUGCUGUAGAGGUUGUUGGCAGCUGUUAAGCAGCCCUGUGAGUGAUUGAGGCUCAGGCAUGUUGUAGAGGUUGUUGGCAGCUGUUAAGCAGCCCUGUGAGUGAUUGAGGCUCAGGCAUGUUGUAGAGGUUGUUGGCAGCUGUUAAGCAGCCCUGUGAGUGAUUGAGGCUCAGGCAUGUUGUAGAGGUUGUUGGCAGCUGUUAAGCAGCCCUGUGAGUGAUUGAGGCUCAGGCAUGUUGUAGAGGUUGUUGGCAGCUGUUAAGCAGUUGUAGAGGUUGUUGGCAGCUGUUAAGCAGCCCUGUGAGUGAUUGAGGCUCAGGCAUGUUGUAGAGGUUGUUGGCAGCUGUUAAGCAGCCCUGUGAGUGAUUGAGGCUCAGGCAUGUUGUAGAGGUUGUUGGCAGCUGUUAAGCAGCCCUGUGAGUGAUUGAGGCUCAGGCAUGUUGUAGAGGUUGUUGGCAGCUGUUAAGCAGCCCUGUGAGUGAUUGAGGCUCAGGCAUGUUGUGUGGGUGUGGUGACCCGCAGUAUCUUUCCAACCACGCCGACAGAGCCCCUCCCCGCAGCUAUUACACUCUUUAUAUACAGGCAGGGGAAAAAGAAAGCCAAGUAGUCCUCAUCUCAGAUGAGUGUGUGUGGAAAGUGAAGUGAGUCAAUUUUGAGAGUGGACAAGCAGUAUGUAUUUGAGAACCAUUCAACCCAGCAGCAGUUUUGAGGAAGAGUGGGUUAGGCUGACAGGCCGGCCCUACACAGGGGUAAUGGAUGUGGACGGGCCUAGACUCUCGGGUAGCUACAACUUGGCUCUUUCUUUCUGUCUAUCUGAGUACACUCCAGCUGCCUAUUCAUUGGACAGCUAUUGGUAUUAGGCUAGCACUGGUAAAUGGUAGUCUAUUUCACAGUUGAUUAUAUUAGAUUGUUAAAGGAACAGAAAAAAAAACAGAUUUGUGGGUGAAAUAGAGAAUUUUGGCAAAACAUAUGUGGGCCAUUGGAAAGGGAUGCAUGUUUGUGGUCCCUAAAAGCAGACAACAUUUGUUUUGUAAAAUGAUGUACGUGUUUUGUUAGGCAUACCUGUGGCACUGUUUACUCAUGUGGCUUAUGUAUGUUGGAGGUGAGAUUUCCACAGAUUUUAUUUAGGCAGCAUGACUUUCACUGAACCAUUCACCAACCACUUUCUUUCUCUAUCUCUCCUUGUUCUCUCUCUCCCUCCCCCUCCCUCCCUCCCUCCAGAGGCCCUCCACCGGCCCUUCGGCCUGGACUCGGCAGCGUUGACGGAAGCGGUGCGCUGGAGCUCCAAGGAGAACCUGCUGGGUGCUGCCGAGAGCGAUCCUAACCUCUUUGUUGCACUUUAUGACUUUGUUGCCAGUGGCGACAACACGCUGAGCAUUACGAAAGGUAUGUAUUCUGAAAGAGCUUUUUAUCAAUAUGCUUUCCCAAUAGAUAACCUGGUUUCAUUUCCGCACCCUGCAUAAUCACAAAACACUCCUUAUCUAAAGAUGACUCGCUUCCAGAGGUAUGGGGUCCCUACCUUCUGCAGGGGAGGGCAGUUCUUCGAGAGAUUUCCUCAAAAUACAGUACCAUGGUACCAUCCAGUGAACUAUGUGUGUUUGUUUAUUCCGAUCCCUUUUCAUUUCAUCUGUGUCCCUGUUUUCCCCAGCAGCAGUUUGCUGAUCAAAGAGCUGUCUCCUGGGUAAUGAGCUUAAAAUCAUAAUAUUUGGGAGAGUUACUUUUUUAAUUAACUGAUAUAAAAGCAUUAGCUAAAGAUGGAGAAAUAUCUUAAUAAGCCGAUGCCUGCCUUCACCAGUCGCCCCAUGGCUGCUGCCUGAGAUGGAGCUAAUGUUUAGACUGUGAGUCAUUGCAUGCCCAAUGGAGAGGUAGGCAGGCCUGCCCUCCCACACCCUUGUUUGGCUCUAAUGCACUUUUAAUGUGGAAUCCUUUCAACUGUAAUAAUAACAGGUGGAUAAACCCAGCAGGGGGUGAUCACAGAGAGGGACUUAUCGGCCCUGCCGCCCUUAAUCGCUGUCUCAGAUCAAUGCCAUGCCUCAGACCAGUAAUAUCCGUUGCGGGCCGCCUGACAUUGUGUUUCCACCCGGAGCCAACUCUCUGGCUCCCUACGGUGUGUCGCAGAGGAAACUGUCUAGUGUGACUGGUUAGGCCGGCCCAAUGUUGUUUUUCUGCCUCCCCGGCUGUCCAGUGUCAAUAGAGCCUGUAGCUAUAACCUCUGUGGCACCAGAGGGUAUUGAGUCUGCAGCAUGUUCAGCUCAGCCCAUGAUGUACAGGGAGAGUGGCAGAAAGCUUGGCGGCGCUCCCUGUCCCCUCUCCAGGCCGUGUCUUGUCGCUGCCAUAACAGCUCACUGGCAUUAUCCUCUCAAUGGGAGCAGCUUCGAAGGGCUGCAGGGAGCUGCCGGACAGCCAGGGCGUGUUUCAGCUCCACAGUCACACAGCUCCUCUACAGUACUGCAUUCUCUGUCUCUAUUUAAGAGGCACUCCCUCCCGUCUCCACUGCUGACCUCAUAGGAGGCAGACAAGGCAGCAGACCAAGUCACUACAUGCGUAGGCCAGCCCUACCUUUUGGCACUGCAUUAAAUGAAGCAUCAAUGGGGGCUAUUUAAAUCCUAUGAAGGAACCAAAAGCUUCAAGAGGUGCUAAUGUCCUAAAGUGGCUCUAAAUGUUUAAAGAUGAUGUCCUUUUACCUGACUCUGUCUCCCUGUCCCUCUCUUCCCAGGUGAGAAGCUGAGGGUGCUCGGCUACAAUCAGAAUGGGGAGUGGAGCGAGGUACGUUCGAAGAACGGCCAGGGCUGGGUACCAAGCAACUACAUCACGCCCGUCAAUAGCCUGGAGAAGCACAGCUGGUACCACGGGCCUGUUUCGCGCAGCGCCGCAGAGUACCUACUCAGCAGCCUCAUCAACGGCAGCUUCCUGGUCCGGGAGAGCGAGAGCAGCCCAGGACAGCUGUCCAUCUCCCUGCGCUACGAGGGACGCGUCUACCACUACCGCAUCAACACCGCCUCAGAUGGCAAGGUAGCUAGAGGUCUGGGACCUACAGAUGGACUGUCUCUUCCUUUUCUUACUACUCUGCCCCUGCUAAUGUUCCUGCUCUGUCUCUGUUGGCCGUCUCUGGUUCCUCCCCACGGUGCUGACCCGUGUGUUCGUCUGUCUUUCUGUCCCCAGGUGUACGUCACAGCAGAGAGCCGCUUCAGCACCCUGGCCGAACUGGUCCACCACCACUCCACAGUGGCCGACGGCCUGGUCACCACGCUCCACUACCCGGCGCCCAAGUGCAACAAGCCCACCGUCUACGGCGUGUCGCCCAUCCACGACAAGUGGGAGAUGGAGCGCACCGACAUCACCAUGAAGCACAAGCUGGGCGGGGGGCAGUACGGAGAGGUGUACGUGGGAGUCUGGAAGAAAUACAACCUCACCGUCGCAGUCAAAACACUCAAGGUUGGUCUCUUCUAUAAAGAUUGGUGGUCGCCUGUAAAAUCUCCAUCUUUUGUCUCUAUUUUGUGAAAUCCUCUGGGAUCAUGUAAUAUGAAUGAGGUGUGGUGUUUAGUGGUUUAUGGUCACCACCUGCUGGUAGAAUGUUGUAUUACAUCAACAUGAAACUGAAUGGGGCAACAACUACAUUUUAGUCAUUUAGCAGACGCUCUUAUCCAGAGCGACUUACAGGAGCAAUUAGGGUUAAGUGCCUUGCUCAAGGGCACGUCGACAGAUUUUUCACCUAGUCGGUUCGGGGAUUAGAACCAGCGACCUUUCGGUUACUGGCACAAUGCUCUUAACCACUAAGCUACCUGCCGCUGUUGGAGAUAUGUUUAAUCGCAGUUUAACUUGUUUUGUUCACCUUGGUAUCCUGAUACUAAGAUAUUGAAUAAAUCCAGUGAAUAUUGACCUUUCUGCUUGUUUGGCUUCCAGGAGGACACUAUGGAGGUGGAGGAGUUCCUGAAAGAGGCAGCAGUCAUGAAGGAGGUGAAACAUCCCAACCUGGUGCAGCUGCUAGGUCAGUGCUGCACACAGUACAGCUCCACUUACUAACAGCACAUGGCAUUUCUACCGGCUGUUGGGUUUCUAGACUCUGAGGCGUAGUUCCGUCUGACCUCUGUUGGCUUGCCUCUGUCCAGGUGUGUGUACGUUGGAGCCUCCCUUCUACAUCGUGACAGAGUACAUGCCCCACGGCAACCUGCUGGACUACCUGAGGGAGUGUGACCGGGAGGAGGUGAACGCUGUGGUGCUGCUCUACAUGGCCACGCAGAUCUCCUCCGCCAUGGAGUACCUGGAGAAGAAGAACUUCAUCCACCGGGACCUGGCGGCCAGGAACUGUCUGGUGGGGGAGAACAGCGUGGUGAAGGUGGCAGACUUUGGGCUGAGCAGGCUGAUGACGGGAGACACGUACACGGCCCACGCCGGAGCCAAGUUCCCCAUCAAGUGGACCGCACCCGAGAGCCUGGCCUACAACACCUUCUCUAUCAAAUCUGAUGUGUGGGGUGAGUCAGAACCAGCUUUUCAGUCUUAAUCACAUGUUCUAAAUCAGUAAACAUUAGUGUGAGCGUGUUUCUCAUCCUAUGAUGGUCUCUUGUCCUUCAGCUUUCGGUGUGCUGCUGUGGGAGAUAGCGACGUACGGUAUGUCUCCUUACCCAGGUAUCGACCUGUCUCAGGUAUACGACCUGCUGGAGAAGGGCUACCGCAUGGAGCAGCCAGAGGGGUGUCCACCCAAGGUCCACGAGCUGAUGAGAGCCUGUGAGUAUGGGCACCACACUCAGUACACACACAGUCCCUCCCACACACACAGUCCCUUGCACUAUCAUCCAUUCACAUAUGUCCUGCAUAUUAGCUCUAUAACCUAAAUUGUCCAUGGAGUAAGAAAUAACAUGACCUUUGUUUUGGUGUGAUAUCAGGCUGGCAAUGGAGCCCGUUGGACCGACCCUCGUUUGCCGAGACCCACCAGGCCUUUGAGACAAUGUUCCACGAUUCUAGCAUCUCCGAAGGUACUUGUACUACAUACAGUCACAUUACUACCCUUAGGGCUUAACCGCGGUCGGAUACACUUCCCUCUCUUGGAGGCAUUUAGUUCUGCUGCCUGACUCCAUUCAAGCCUGUCAGUUUACACUAAAGCGGAUGUAUUUGUGGACAUUAGAGAGACAAUGGCCAUUAAUGCUGCGUAAACAUCUCUGUAGGGCCUUUUCAGAGUGGUACAGCAUGCCUGGUGCCUCAGGGAGAGACGGGAGGAUGAUAUGAGUGAGGAUGAGGAAAGGGCAGGCUGAACUGAGGGGAGUACAGGGAGAACGCAGGGCUUUCAGAGAAGCACUAUAAACUCAGCAUUGAUUUCUGCAGUUAUUCCAGUGAAUGCAGUCCUACUAUUUCUAGCAAGGGAUUCGAUGUGUCAAACGGUCUAAUGUAAAUGUCCACUUAAUUAAUCAUUCCUUUCCUUUCCCGUUGCCCCCCCCCCCCCCCUCUCUCUCUCUCUCUCUCUAGAGGUAGCAGAGGAGCUGUGUAAGACUGCAUCCUCUGGCCACGGCCCAUCACCACACCCCUUCAGCCACGACAUGCCCCUGCUGCCCUCCAAGUCGCGCACGCUCAAGAAGCAUACGGAGAACAAGGAGAACAUCGAGGGGGGUCUGGAUGGCAGGCAGGAGACACACACAGGCAGCACGCACAGCCCCUCAGGUACCUGCCUUGCCCGCCGCCAUGCCUGUAGGCUGAGGAGAAGAGCUGCUGUGUACCUGGAAAAGUGAACGUCACUGGAUCACCUCACCCAAACGUCACCACUAUCUAGCUCAGUGUCAUUACGCCUCCUUUAGCAUCAAUUAUAUGAGCUUUCCUCAUAAUUUAUCAAGAGUUACUUUAAAGUCACGUAUCCUAAUAGAUAAUAUGCAGUGGGGACUGUUGCCAUGUCCAACCACAUCACUUAAAGCAUUGAACAUUAAGCAGAUACAUAAUUGGCCAAAUACCAGAGAAAGGGUUUGGAUUAAAGGCAUUCUCAAUCCUCUCCCAUUAUAGAAUUCACCGUCUUCCUCCCGUACAUGAUUAGACAAGGCUGGGUAAAUGUGCCUGUUUGUAUGCGUCUGUAUUCAUGUUUGUCAUCUUUCAUUUUUAUUAACCUGACAAUUGAGGAUGUUGAAUUCUAAUACUCUCAUCUCUGUCUGUUGCAUCCUCCCCACACACAACACACAACUCUAAAGAUCAUAUGUACCAAUACCUCAAUUAAAAGCGGAGAGUAUUUUGUAUGGUUUUUGCCAUGUUGUCGUUCAUGUUUUAUGUGCAAUCAAGUGACAGUGUUUUAUUGCAUGUUGUUUUCUUGUGGAAAAACCAAAGGCGAUCUAUGUUCCUGUCAGUCCUUAUACUAUCACUCAUUUCACACCAUAUAAUCCUUUCCAUGAUACUUCUCCACUAGCAGUAUGAUUGAUCACACUAUAGCAAACACAGCGUAACAAGAUACGUCGGGGAUGAUGAAGCCAGAGUGGUGGUGACUUAAGGGAGGUGGCUUCCUGCCAUCCUGACUCAGGCUGGUGCCUGGCUCACUCUGGCGCUCAUCUAUUACACGUAUAGAGCCGCUUCACAUCCCUAGUACAAGGUGGCACCACAAAGUUCUUGAAACAGGAAUGGCUCUGGAGAGGGAGGAUAUGCCUGUAGUCAAAGCAAAAAUGCAAAUUGGCAGCCAGCCUGUGAGAUUCACUGGUUUUGGGCUAUUCCAGAUGUUGAAUAAAUGGUGUAAUGAGUGUUGAUAAGAGACUGCAGCCCUGGUACCUGUUUAACUCCAUGCCAUCUGUUCUCUGCAGGUCUGGCAGCCACUCUGCUGGCAGGGGAUGGCCGGUCAGGCAGCUCUCCUGCUCUGCCUCGGAAACAGAGGGAGAAAUCCCCCAGCAGCCUCUUGGAGGACUCCCAGGAGACCACGUUCACUCGGGACCGCAAGGCUGGCUUCUUCAGUUCCUUCAUGAAGAAGAAGUCUUCCUCCAACUCUCCCUCCUCCCAGCUGCAGCAGAGCCUGCCUACGCCGCCCAAGAGGAGCAGCUCGUUCAGGGAGAUGGAGACGCAGCCGCACAAGAAGUAUGAGCCCACGACUGGCUUGAGCGCCCCUCCUCCCCCCCUGCCUCAGGCAGACGGCCUGGGCUUUUCACCAUCCCACGGAGAGGGGAAUCACAUCCAGUCACGCUGCUGUGGAGCCACUUUUGGACAAAAGGCCUCUGCCAACCACACCUCUGGGGCCCCGCCCUCACAGGUGGGCAGUAGCAGCAGCUGGGCAGGCCUGGCAGGCUUCUUCACCCCCCGCCUCAUCAAAAAGACUUUAGGGCUACGGACCGGCAAGUCCACUGGGACCGAAGAGGGGGGUGGGGGGACCAAGCCCUUCCCCAGGUCCAACUCCACCUCCUCCAUGUCUGCAGGGCUGCCUGACCUGGAGAGGAUGGCUCUGACUUUACCCAGGAACCGCAGUAAGCCUCCUCUAGAGCGCACUGCCUCCACCACCUCACAGCCUGAGAACGGGGCAGCACACACCUCUGAGACCCUGCUCCGUAAGAUGGAUGAGGGCACAGCUCAGAUCAGGGACCGGCCAAAAGCCAAGCUGCUUCCCAGAGGGGUGGGAGGGAACUCUGGGGUGGUGAGGGCACCUGGGGUUGGGAGUGAGGCCGAUUCAUAUUGUCACUCCGGGACCCUACGGGGUAGGGAGGGUCAGGAGGCAGGAGGACAGGACCGUCAGGGAUGGUCGUCCCCCUCCAAAACAGUGGGAUCAGGCCUAUCAGCGGCUCCACACAACCACAAGGUUCCAGUGUUGAUCUCGCCCACACUCAAGCAUUGCCCGGCCGAUGUGCACCUGGUGGGGAUGGACUCUCAGGGGAACCGCUUCAAACUACUAUCAGAGCACCAGGCGGACAAGGACCGGCCACGGCUGAUCAAGCCUAAAUGUGCCCCACCUCCCCCUCCCACUCUGCGCCUCCUUGGACACUCCUACAGUGGGGAUGGAGAGGAGCAGGUCGGGGGGGCUGUGGAGGUCAAUGGUGAUGGGGUGAAAAGGCCGGGACGAGUAAGGGAAGUGGGAACAGGGAGACCAUCAGUGCCGCCACCACAAGUGCCUCCACCUUCUUCAGCCUCCUCUUCCUCUGCCAACAACACUACCCCCACUAAGAUGGCCAACGGUGCCACCAGCACUGGCUCUUCCACUGCCCCCUCUGGUGGAUCUAAGCUUCUGCGUCGGACUCGGCAGCAGGCAGAGAGGGUACAACCAGAGAAGAUCAGUAAGGAGGCUCUGCUGGAGUGUGCCGAGUGCCUGAGAGGUGCCCUCCACAGCAGCCCCGAGCCCUCCUCCAGCAGCCAGGUCCUAGACGCUGCCCACCAGCUGCUAGACUACUGCUCAGGCUACGUGGACUGCAUCCCACAGAUGCGGAACAAGUUUGCCUUCCGGGAGGCCGUGGGCAAGUUAGAGCUCAGUUUGCAGGAGCUGCGGGCAUCGUCCUCCUCUGGAAGCGGAGGAGCAUUCAGUGGCCCAGGGCCUAGCCCUGCUCUGGACAACUUGCACACCUGCAUCAAGGAAAUUUGUGAUGUGGUUCAGAGGUAGCCACCAGACCCUUUCAAACAUUUCCUUUGUAUUCCCUUUUUUGGUUCUAUUAACAUUUUGGGGACAGAGAACAAUCUCCGAAGUACCUCAGAAAAUCACUACAAAUUGUAUCUCUUAUUGUUUACAGUUGACUCUUUCUCAAAAAUGCCAGUGGAGAACGCUGUUCUAAUCUUUGUACAUAAACAUUGUUGA